AUGGACCCAUUGUCCGUCACAGCUUCAGUGAUCACUCUGAUCGAGGCAUCAGGCAUCCUCACAAAGUCUCUAUAUGGCUUCAUACAUGGCCUGAAGACAGUGGACACUCGGGUCACUAGGCUAUGCGAGGAGCUCACGAACUUGACGGAUCUGUUGGAAGCAGUGGAGAGAACUUUGAAAGAAUGCCGGUCCUUCGACCUUGCUGAUGUCGAAGAUGACUUGUGGCAACAGAGCAACAUCGCUCUCGCAGAUUGCCAAGCCACGCUGAACGACUUGAAGAUGCUCCUCGCAAAGGUCAAGAAGGCGGCAGGCACUCGGACCUUUGGAUGGAAGUUCCGAGCCUUGUUCGAUCUCACUGUUCAUGGCAAUGAAUUGGUGGCGUUUCAGGAAAAGAUUCACAAGUCGAAUGGGGCUUUGCAGACGAUAUUACACACCAUCACCGUCUCGCUCUCCCUCAAGAACAAGAUAUCUCAGACUCUAAUCAUGGACGAAUUAUCCAGAUUGAGAUUAUCUAUCGACCGAGCUCUUGAGAUAUCAGCAAAACCAUCAGAAGUGAUUGCCCACACUUUCAGUCAUCGAUCCAACGCAAGACUUUCCCGGAACUUACAAGCUCUGGCGGAAGCUGCAAAAAACUUUUACUCAACAGCAAGCUCUACAGCCGGCACUUCUCGAGGAGACCGCAGCGAAAGAACCUGGCAACCUUUAUCACCCACCGGUAUCAGCCUGACUAGUAAUCUCUCACCAUUCAGGCGGGAAAGAGUAGAAAGAUUCAUCGUCGAGGGUCAAACUCAAUCUACACCAUUGGUUCCACAACUACUUCCGCAAGUAGAUACUUCAGUCCGCAAUCAGCCGCCCGGGCUAGAUAGUUGUGCGUCCCCAGUGAAAAGCGAAUCAAGCGAUCUUCCGGCUCCAGAAGACGACAGUGAUCUUGAAUAUCUAGAAGUCGAUGACGACGAGGACGAAGAAGCGGCAUUCAGUAGAGACUACAUUCUUUGCAUUCGCCAGAUUGCAAUCGAGAACAUCAAGUCCCGCGAUUUUGUCAAAGCGGCUGAUAUGUUGACAAAAGCUCUGGCAAGUUAUGAAAAGGCCACCUUGGACGAGGGGGACUUCUGCCAGAGUAGCUACAUAUCAAUGCGCAGUCUCAAGGUCCAACUAGCCAUUUGUUACUUUUUCCAAGGCAAUUGGAAAAUGGCCGAACCUGUCGUCACGGACCUGGCCUCCUCAAAGUCUGGCAGAGACAGUGUGGUCUGCAACUUGUUGCAUGCCUUGGCACUUGCGUACUUGUCUGAAUAUUUCUUUGACAUUGCUCUCGAUACAUGCAAGCAAGCAGUCAGAGGACACGCAAGAUUGUCUAAGCUGCGCAAGACGGAUAUCAUUACACUGGAUCUGAAUAACAGUUUGGGUUUGUUGGCUACGACGUAUGACAUGACGGGCGAUUAUCUGAGGGCAGAGGUUUUCCGGCGCAGGCUUUCACAAGGAUUCAAGUACCAACAUCCAGCCAAUGUCACAGACUUCCUUGAAAAUCACUCAGAUUUUCUCUCCGCAGCUCUGGGGCCGUAUACUCUAGAUCCCGCCUGUGUGGUUCUACCGGACUCCCCAGUAGGACAGCCUAACGAGCAGGAUGCUGGCGCAUAUUCACCCUCCGGGCAAGAGGUGUUCCAACUUCGAUGGGAUGGCUGCGGGACCAUCAGCCAUCUGCCCUCGCCUCUACAACUCAGCAUGGUGAAACACCAGCGACUCGAUAUUGAUACGAGAAAAGAGGUAAUAACACCUGCAAGACCCUCUGUCAUUGAAGACGAUACGGUCGAAGAGAGCUCGCCGACGGAAACGAUUGGCACGAGUCCUGGAACGAUGGCCUCUCCAGUUACCACAUCUGACGGGUCUCCUGUGUAUGGUCGGCUUACUCGCGCAUUCAGUCGUUUCGGACUGAACCAGUCAGUGGCCAGGGCGGAAUCAGGCUUCAGCAGUGCUCCCGAACUAUCGCUGCCGUGCGAUUCUUGCCAACACAGCACCCGAGUCACCCGACAGUCUACGCGUAUGAGCCAGAAAACCCCGAGUGCGGCCAAGCCAAAGCUUUCCAUCAAGCUUCCAGCGGCAAGGCAGACAGAAAGGUGGCCGUGGGUGAAAAGUUGGCGAAUGUCGUCGUCGCCUGAUGGUGUGCUCGAUGAGCGACUCAGGCCUUCCAAGCUGAACAGAAGGUCUGCUACGAGAAGUCCAGGGAAACGCUCCCCUAUUAGCGAGUGGUUUACGCCCGCAAAAUGGUUUCGUGGCGGACAAAUCAUUUCUUCCUCCCCAACAACCUCUCUGAAAGCUGAGGCAGCCAGCCACACAUGGGUGAGACACGGGCCAUACAGGCCAGAAGAAGUAUUCCACGAACUCAAUGACAGUUCCAUAUCGGAGCUUGGAAUCACUAGUCCUACUCCGGAGCUUGCGGAAGACCGGCCGUCACCUACCUCGGCUAGAUCCCAAAGAGUACGCUUCUAUAUACCACAGCCUGUGAACAGAUCAAGCAUAAUGGCAGGUACGGAGAGAUACGAGUUGCCGCCGGAUUCUUUCAUGUCGGGUGCGCUCGCGGGCCUCUGA